GUAUUAAUAAUAUUGAUUGAAGAACUCUUAGAGACGCCACUAGAUGGCAUCAAUAGUGCGGCGUGGGGAGCGUGUUCACCUCACAGCCCCACCUAGCUUCACUUAUUUUGUAUAACUGUUGGUUCUUUUUGUACCACUGCUUCUGCAAUGAGUACUGAAGGAUGUGAGCAUCUUUUGAAAUUCAAGUCCGUUAAUGGAACUGGGUCGUUUCGCUUAAUUUACAGCUUUUUUGUCUUUUGUAGUACGAAGCCUACUCGAGAACAGAAGGUAAAAUGGUGCAGCUGCACAUGUUGUGGAUCCAUAGGUCCACGCAUUCAUGCCUGUGUUCACUGCGUUCAUUUUGCCUGCUUCACUCACCGCCACAUCCAUCAGCAUUAUCAGCUCAAAGGUCACCAUCUAUCCAUAGACACAGAGCAUGGUGAGGUCAUGUGUCUAUCAUGUGGAGACUUCACAUAUGAUUCAGAGAUAGUAGACAUAGCAGACGCAUCACGAGACCUGGCACGCAGCUCACUGGGUCUCAACAGACACUACACUCCGUGGCGGCCUGGCUCUACUGAACUUGCUCUUCUUAAACGCCAUCCUAAGAGACGGAAACUCAAUCAUAAUUCCACUAUUGGUCUAAGAGGCCUCAUAAACCUGGGCAACACAUGCUUCAUGAGCUGCAUCGUCCAGGCGCUGACACACACGCCCCUACUCAGGGAUUUCUUCCUCUCUGAGAAGCAUGUUUGUCACUUCAACAACGACGCGUCACAGUGUCUUGUCUGUGAGAUAGCUAGAUUAUUUCAAGAGUUUUACAGCGGUGCACAGGCGCCGCUGAUCCUGCAGAAGCUCCUGCACCUCAUCUGGACGCACGCGCGGCACUUGGCGGGCUAUGAGCAGCAGGACGCGCACGAGUUCUUCAUUGCUGCUCUGGAUGUGCUGCACCGACACUGUCAG